AUGCCUGCCCGAGCAUCCUGUCGGUUCUGCCGCACACGCAAACUGGUGAGUGCGCAAGCUUUGAGGGUCUGCACCGCGUGACUGUCUCGGGCCAGCUGACGCUGAUGGCCUUGUUCGCUGCUUUAGAAAUGUGUGCCUGCGCCUCAGGACGGCAUUCAAGUGCCGUGUCAGGCUUGUCUGGCUCGCGGUCAGGAAUGCAUUCACGAUGAUCGGGCGGUCAUGGGUCGACCUUUGAAGCGCGCUCGGACAAGUUCGACGGUGCCAGAUGAGUCGAAGUCUGCGUCGACGGCCACGAGGAGACGUGAGCAGAGCAUAGGCGCACUUCUUUCGGAUGCCUACGGUGAUCUGUUUCAGACCGACAUCGAGUGCGCUCCACCAACGAUCAGCUCUUCGGCUACGUCUUUCCAGUCGCCAUGCAGAGACACGAGCGCUUCUUGCUCGGCCUUCAAGAUUGCUCUCGAGAAGCUUCGGCAGCAUCAAGCCCAUCUCCCCAUUCCGGACGCAGCUGACGAAGCUGACCAGGUCCCUUGCGGAUCCUCCACAUACCCGGCCAUCAUUCAGCUGAUGAAUACGGCACUGCUAGAAAUGUGCAUCUCGCACCUAGCGCCUUAUUUGCAGCUCAAGACGGACCGCUACUAUGCCAUCGCUCUCACCAGAGACUCGCAUGAGCUCAAAGUCGGUGAGAGGGAUGAGCUGGAUCUGGACGCGUUCGUGCAGCCUGUGGCGAGCACGAGCAGCUCCAGCAGAGAAGACGCGCUUUUUCUAAAGUGGGAAAAGCUUCAUCCCCUCGCUUGUCUGUUCGAGGAAUCGCAAAAGUCAAAAGUGAUGACGGAGCACGAAAGACGAAGCUCACCGUUGCUGAAUGCAAUGUGGCAUUUGAGCUUGUCUGAGGCCUUGGAGCUUGAUGCGAGUUCGGACAACUCCGCGGAAGACAGUAGGCGCCUGCAACGCGACGCAGAGAGCUUUUUCAGUGAUUGCGUGGUCACUGCUUCGAGCGACUACCAGACUGCCACGCUGUCACUACUCUCGCUCAUGCUGGCGAUGCAUCACAUGUGUCGAGGACGCGCCAAGAUAGGCACUGCAUAUCUAGCUCUCUCGAGCCACUUGCUCGAGAGGGACGUGUCCAAGCUCGACCAUGCAUCGUCCUUGACCGCCCUUCUCCGCGCAACCAUCGCAUCUUUUGAGGUUUGGGCACUCCUCUCGCUCGCAUGCAGCACAUCGACAGCUGCAGACUGCAGCGGCGUCUUCAAGACACUCUCGGCAAAGGUCGACGGCGUGUGGGCAUGCGGCGACUUGCUUCGCGCAACACUCGGCGGCAACAAGCGCAGCUUGUUCGUCCUUUUCCAAAGUGCUAGUCUGGUAGCCUCACUGGUCGGCAACAGCAAGUCACACAGGGGACUGCUGCAGAGCCAAGACUCGACUUUGAGCUCCUUUGGAAGCGCUGCGCGGAGCCUCUUGGCGAUCGGGCUUUCACUAAGCCAGCUAAAGCCCAAUACUAGCGAGCGGCAGUCUCUUGAAAAUGUAUGGACGCAUCUGAGGGCAGUGCAUGAACUCGCAAAAUUUCUCGAAGCACCCCGCCAGGAUCACCGAGUCUUUUCCAAAAUUUCCUUUGGCACCGCUAUAUCCGAUCAGCAGGGUCUCGAUUCAGAUGACGCGCCGACUAUCUGCCUCCUGAUUGGCUCAUUCAUCAAAGUUGGAGUCGCACUCCUCGAGUACGCACGUCGAAACGAGUGGGUAAGCUCGCCCACUGCGCUCAGCGUCUGUAGAGAGCUCGAACAGCUCUGCGCGCACAAGAGGUUGGCGGGCAACCCAGGUAUUGAAGCGAGCAAAGGGAGCUUGAACGUCGUCGAGCUUAACCUAACGCGAAGGCAGUGGCAAGCGGACAACACUCCCCCUCAGGACGCCCCGCCUCUGAACGCGGUGCACCUUGGGCUCGAUUCGACGAGCUUCACUGCAGCGCAAUGGGACUCCGCGGACUUGCAUCGAUUCCUAUCUGGAUUUGUUGAUCAGUCGGAUGCACCAUCUGCAUGUGCGAUCAGCCCCGCGUAUGUACAAUCGGAGGCAGACGGCAGCGCGGAUACGUCAUUCAUAUCGGACGCACUCGGUACAAUGUGGGGCGAGCCGUGGGGAUCGGAAGAUCUGGCCGCUCUCGAAGCGAUGCCGCCCGAGCUCGAGUCUGGUUGA